UGUUCCUGUCCCAAACAAGAUAAAAGAAAGAAAGAAAGAAAGAAAAAAAAGAAGGUUCUGAAACACGAUAUUGCUCCCAAAAAAAAAAAAACAAUACCUCACGCCCCUUGCAGAAAAGUUGCGGUGCCAUUCAAUCUCAGGAAGCACCGGACGAGGUCGCUGCGAAGGGAAGAAAUCGAGGGGGCGAAGAAGGUGAAUGGAGCAAACUCUAUGGGGUCACUUGCCGCUAUUAGUGAGGUCUAAUUCUAAAGAUUCCGUCGAAUACAUUCUUCAAGCUCUUUGGAGAACCCGGAACACUGGUCUUGACUCCGCCGACCGCCACGUCAUCCUUAACAUGCUCCAGCUCCACAACGACUCCGACCUCGACCCUCUUCUGGUAUGCCUUCGAAUGCUAAUAAGGAGGUGUGUUUAUGAGAAUAUCAGCAAGGAUGAUAUUCCAAAGCUGUUUCCUGCUGAAGUUCUUCCUGAAUUGCAAAGACUGUUGACACUUCUUUUGCAGAAAUUCCAAAGAGAGUGGCAAGAAGAUGUGCUGAAAGACCAGAAUCUUGUGCCUCGUUUAAAGGCAAUGACUUGGAAUAUGGCAAAACCAAACGAAGAAUCAACAGACCCUGCAGCUGUUAUUAAUUUGAAGCUUCAAAAUGAUUCUCCAUUACAUUUGGGAGAACUGGAUGUCAAGUUCCUGUUGGCUAAAGAUACUCUAGAGAUGAUGCUGAAAUCCACGCACAGCAUUAAAGAUCAGUAUCCAACUUUGGAUGGGCCUUCAAAUGGACAUUAGUACCGGUAAAGUGAGAAACCAAUGGAGUUGUUUCCAGUAGUUCUCACACAGAAUGGAGAAACAUCUUUGAUGCUAGAUUAAAACAUGAAGUUUUUCUGCUAGCGGACAUGUAGUGAAAACAGCGAAUCAAUGAAGACUAGUGAUUUGGCUUAUGAAGGUGAAAAAAUGGAAGUAAAUAUUUCAGAUUUUCAGUUGAUAUGUGGGAAAAAACAUACAAGUGUGGUGCUGGAGCCUCAAAAUCCAGAAUGAAUAUUUUCUGGCAUUGUUUUCCCCUCUUCACUAUUUUGUUGUGGAGUUGCUUGAUUUAAGAAUGUAUUAUCAUUUAUGUUCAGAAAACCAAUAGCUUAAAGCCUCGAUUUGUCAUUAUGAUGGACCGGUUAGUACGUAUUUGAAUUUCCCUGUCUAAGGAGCAGCGGUCAUUUGUUUCAUCUUUUACACUGUAAAUACUGAAAUUCUGUGUAUCAUGUUUUCGAUAAAGUUUAUUUUUUGUUUAAAGCA